GCAGCCCAAACCUGAAGCUCAAUCCUGAGCACGCAUCUACAAAUUUAGCCAUUCAGGCUAUCACUUUAACUCCUUCAUCCAUCUAAGUUGUACUAUUCUUCACCAUAAAUUCAUCAUCAAAGCUCGCUUCAUUUCCAUACGCAACCAUGGAAAAGCCUUCUCUCGGUGAUGACAGCAACCAAGCGACCAUGUGGGGUGACAAGAUUACAGUUCUGAGCAUCGAUGGUGGAGGAAUUAGAGGAAUUAUACCAGCAACCAUAUUGAGUUUUCUUGAAUCAAAGUUACAAGAACUGGAUGGAGAGAAUGCUCGACUUGCAGAUUACUUUGAUGUGAUUGCCGGAACUAGCACCGGCGGUUUAAUAACAAGUAUGUUGUCGGCUCCUGACGAACACGGGCGUCCCCUUUACAUGGCAAAAGACAUUGUUCCCUUCUAUCUCAAGCAUGGCCCUAAAAUAUUUCCUCGGUCCCUUCCAAUUUUUGCGAGAGUGAAGUCUUUAUUGGGACCAAAAUACGAUGGCCAGUAUUUAAGAAAGCUGGUUCAAGACAUACUUGGCCAUCGAAGACUGCACGACGCUCUAACCCGAAUUGUUAUACCAACUUUUGACAUCAACCUCCUUCAACCCACCAUCUUCUCAAAAUUUCUGGCAGAAUCAGAUGCUUCUAAAGAUGCUUUGCUAUCAGAUAUAUGCAUUGCUACUUCUGCUGCGCCUACUUAUUUUCCGGCUCACCAUUUUAAAACGAAAGAUUCGCAGGGAAAUGACUCACCGUUUCACCUCAUUGAUGGAGGAGUGGCGGCAAAUAAUCCUACAUUGCUGGCCUUGAAGCCAACAGGAACCGUGUUCCCAGGAAAUCGAGACGAGGUGCCGGCACAAGCUCUGCAAUAUGAAAAGUACCUUGUGAUAUCACUGGGCACCGGAAAUUCGAAAAUAGAGAGAAAAUACGAUGCUAAAAUGGCUGCAAAAUGGGGAAUUCUGGGGUGGCUUUUCACAGACGGAAAUUCUCCUUUAAUUGAUUCAUUUACCUCUGCAAAUGUCGACAUGGUUGACCUUCACAUGUCCUUGAUCUUCAAAUCCCUCGAAUGUGAACGAAACUACCUUCGGAUCCAGGAUGUCACAUUGACUGGGGAUACAUCGUCAACGGAUAUUGCGACAGAGAAGAACAUGCAGGAGCUGGUAAAGAUUGGUGAAAGGCUGUUGAAGAAACCUGUAUCCAGGGUGAACCUCGACAGUGGGAUUAUGGAACCAGUUGAAAAUGGAGGCACUAACGAACAAGCUCUCACAAUGUUCGCAAAAAAAUUAUCCGAGGAAAGGAAACUACGUAGGCAUAGAUUACAAAAUUAGUCUUUGCAUACAAGAAUGAGGACCGUCAACACUGUGAACAAGCCAUAUUGUAUGCUUUCUUACAUGUUGCCUUUAAUAAGAUGUAUCAAAUUUUAUAAUAUAAAAUCAUAUAUAUAAACAAAUUAUACAAAUUUAUUUAUAUAAAUUGAAAUUAUGCCCAUUCAGAGUGAUCAAACUGAGUUCUAGAUUUA